AUGGAAGGGAAGCGAGAGAGUUCACAUGCUUCAUUUACUAGUGCAAUGAAUCUCACCAAGUCAGGGGCACCUAAUGUGCCUAGUCGUUACAUUCUUCCUCGAUCAGUUAGGCCAAACGAUGGUCUGACCCCCUCUACAACCCUUCCAGUUGUUGACCUUUCCAUUUUAUACCAUCCUUCUCUUAGGUCUCGUGUUAUAAAUGAGAUACGAAGUGCCUGCAAGGAAAUUGGAUUCUUUCAGGUGGUAAACCAUGGAAUCCCUCUUCAUGUGAUGAAAGAUGCUCUAGAAGCCAUAGUGGGCUUCUUUGACCUGCCUCUCGAAGGGAAGAUGCUUCUGAUGUCAGACAAUGUCCAUGCCCCUGUAAGAUAUGGCACCAGUUUAAAUCAUGCUACGGAUAAAGUUCAUUUUUGGAGAGACUUCAUCAAGCAUUACUCUCAUCCUAUCUCAGAAUGGAUUCAUCUAUGGCCUGCAAAUCCUCCAAGUUACAGGGAGAAAAUGGGGAAGUACGCAACAGCUGUGCAAAAUUUACAAAAACAACUAAUGGGAGUAGUUCUAGAAAGCUUGGGGAUGAACCCUAAUUACUUAAAAGAUGAAAUUGAAGAAGGAUCACAAGUGAUGACCAUGAAUUGCUAUCCAGCAUGUCCUGAACCACAGCUCACAUUAGGCAUGCCACCACACUCAGACUAUGGAUCACUAACAAUCUUACUUCAAAGCUGCACUGGUCUACAGAUCAUGGACCAGAACAAGAAUUGGGUCUCAGUUCCAUUGACUGAAGGAGCACUACUGGUUCAGUUGGGAGACCAGAUAGAAGUAAUGAGCAAUGGCCAAUAUAAGAGUGUUGUUCACCGAGCAACUGUUAGCCCUGGGAAGAAGCGUUUUUCAAUAGCAAGUCUUCACAGUCUAGCUUUAAACAAGAAAAUGGGGCCAGCACUGGAGCUUGUUGAUGAACAACACCCAGCAUCCUACAAAGAGUUUAGUUUCAGAGAUUUUCUUUAUAAUAUAUCAAACAACGCUAUAUUAGGGUUUUUUUUACCGAACCAGUAUAUUACAGGAUAA